UCACGCUCAGACGCUAUGGCGCUUCCUGAUUGGAUUGUAACGCUGGUGGCCACCGCAUCCUUUUGCUUUUUCUUGUAUUUAUGUAUUCUCCACAGACGCAGAGGACAAGCACUGUGGAGAAAGCUGUUGAGCAAACUAAUGGCCCGCUCAGAGAAGCCGCUGUUCCGAAUUGCGUACGCGCUGUACACCAAGACUGCACUGGGCUACAUGUACUACAAGAGACAAAUGAGGAAAGCCCGAGAACAGUUCCCUGCUGGACACUCGGCGGCUCGGCCCACAGAGAUGGACGGUAUCAAAAUAAUUCCAAUCCCGGUCUUGUCCGACAACUACAGCUACCUUGUAAUCGACACGACCUCCGGUGUCGCGGCCGUUGUCGACCCUGCGGAUCCUCAAACAGUCCAGGCAGUUCUCGAGGAAGAGGGAGUAACUUUAGAAGCAAUACUCUGUACACACAAGCAUUGGGAUCACAGCGGCGGAAACAAAGGGUUGAAAAGGAUUCACGCUGCAUGCAGAGUUUAUGGAAACGCGGCUGACAACAUUCCUGGCCUUACGCACCCUCUGUCACACGACGACUCUGUAACGGUUGGCCGCAUGCACUUUAAGGCACUCUUCACCCCUGGACACACAGUGGGCCACAUGAUCUACCUCCUGGAUGGCCAGGCGGUGGAUGCACCCUCCAGCCUCUUCUCUGGUGACCUGGUCUUCCUGUCAGGAUGUGGGAGGAUGUUUGAAGGCACCGCCACAACAAUGCUGUCAUCUCUGGACACAGUGGCCUCCUUGGGUGAUGAAACACUGCUGUGGCCUGGUCAUGAGUAUGCGGAGGACAACCUGCUGUUUGCCGCUGAGGUCGAGCCGCGCAACGCCGCCAGAGAGGAGAAAUCUCAGUGGGUCCUGCAGCAGCGCAGCCAGAAGCUGUGCACGAGUCCCUCCACCAUCGGGGAGGAAAGGCAGUACAAUCCGUUCCUGCGCAGCCACGCGGCGGAGCUGCACCUGGCCCUCGGCGUCCAGCAGCUCCAAGAUGAAGACUGGACCCAGUUCAGAGCUCGCGUGCUGGAGGAGCUGCGUAAAUGCAAGGACCUGUUCAACCGGAGAUCGUAGCUCAACGGCAUUAAGAGGAAGUGGUACGUUGUAUAGUGCCGAUGAGCGGAGUGACGAGACACCGAAUGAGAGGUCGACCUGUUCAGGGGAACUCGUUUGGUAAACUCACAAGGGCAUCAAGUCAUCUUUGACCUCUUUAACAUAGUUACAACUUUAUUUUUACAUGGCACUAAUCAAAAAGACUUACCUCUACAUUUUUAUAAUAAGUAGUUUUUGUGUUUACAGACUGAACAGUGCUCAAUUAUUCCUCUGUUGCAUAAACACAUUUCUAUUAUUUCAUUAGCAGAUCCGUUGAGUGAAACCGCUCUGCCUGUUAGGUACUGUAUUUUUAGUGCAUCGUCUUUUUUUAAAAUUAUUUUUUCAAGUAAUGCAUUGUUAAAUCACUUCAUGACAGUUAUGAUUUUGGGACCUUAGUGAUUGAGUAUUUGUUUUUACUUUUAACUAGUAUGGUACGGUUACUCUAACAAAUCACCUCCUGCUGUUGGUACGACUAGCACCACAAUGUACUGGGGGGAAAAUGUCUGUUUACUUACCUUUCAUGUGAAUCUUUGCUGAAUCUAAGAGCCAGUUUAGUUUUUGAAUUUAGUUCUGUACAAUGCUUGUUUGUGUUUGGAGUUCAGUGUUUAUCGUUCUCGCCAACGUGUUCCAUUUGACGAUUAAUUUAAUCAUUUUUUCUUUACUCUGGGGCCCACAGGUGUUUGGAGGUGGAAAACAUGUUUUCCAAUUCAACACUUGUUUGUACCUCUCGGCAUAUUCAAAGGGCAGAAUGAGUACGAUUGGCAGGCUUGGGGUUUGUAAACAUAAUAUUCGAAGCUGACCCCCCCCCUCACUGGAGUUUAGGGAUUUAUGGUUAUUGCAAGCGGGUAAAGCGCAGAUCCCAGAUUGAUUGAUUGGCUCUGAACGAGUUUUGUCCGCCCUGCGUUUCUCCCAGUUACAUUUACGCGUUUAUUUUCUGUUGCACGGCGAGAACAUGAACAACCUACGAGGACUCUACUGGUGGCGCAUUGUGACGAUUUGUCAUGUGAGCCCCAAGCUGAGCGUGUUAAACCUAUGGGGGACGACGAACGCAAACACCAAAAUGAUCGAAACAAACGUGAAAUGAUUUUUCACGUUUGUUACAAAAUGUGUAAUAUUUAAGAGUGAGACGGUGGAAUAAUGAUACAUUUUCUUUCUAAAGCGAGAACACAAUGGACCGGUACUCUCAUUUUAGAAGGAAUAUUUCACAGCCAAUUUGAAAACUCUAGAAACUGUACAUAUGUAUUUUUUUCUAAUAUAUUGAAGGACACUUUACGCUGUGAUGAUAUGGAGAUUGAUGCAAAUGAUUCCGGUACAAUAAACAAUCUUCUUCCCACA